AUGCCUUCUUGGACAAUCACUAACGACGACAAGAUGAGCAGUUGGCGGGACCAGCUCUCACCCAGGAACUUGAGCUUCCGGGGUUUCAGAAGAGCCUCUGAAUCUGUGGCAAAGACCAGCCCAUCGACAAAAAAAGACUUUACCAUGCUACAUCACCCUGACCGUCCUUCGAGAAGAAUUACAGAGGCCAGCGUACCCAGCGACGAAGAGUGUAAAAAGUCUCUCAGAAGUAUGCGAAAAGCCUCUCUUGCUGAUCAAACACACGGGCGGCAUGAACAUCCACUUCAGAAACAACUAUCUCCAGUGCCAGAGCCUCCGCAAGAAACGCCUAUGGUGUCGGAAAGGUCAGAACCUCAGAUGCCUCGAAUAGAGCAACCAAAGCCAGAAACCCUGCGGUUACAGCAACCUCGAACACAGCAGCCAUUGAGAUUGACGUUUGGGCCUUUCAACGGGCACUUCCGAUCAGCUUUUGGGCCACUUACACCCGCCGAGGAGGAGCCAUGCCCGUUGGAAAAGAUUGAUACCAGAGAGUCCGCAGCAGUAAUACAAGACACACUGCAAAUUCCAGAGUCUUCAGUGCCUAUUCGGAACAGCAUACUUAUUGGCGAGGAACUGAAUUUUGCGAGAGGGCCUUCUCCUCAGCCCGCAGUUGUUAGCGAAGCAAAGACUAUCAGACUUGAGCGAGUCGAUAACCUCUCUACCCCCGGCCACUCACCAUUCUCAUCACCGCGACCUAGCGAUGCUUCAGCGUCAGGUUGGCCUAGACGGAAACAAUCCGUACAAAUGGUCGCCAUUCGUCGAUCUUCACAGGAUUCUCAGAAGCGCAGGCCGUCCGUCCAGACGAUUGCCGUGCGCCGACCUUCGAAGGUUACUGCAGACGCCCUCAGCUCUCAUCCUGUCCACUCAUCAACUCCGACGCAAGUUCAUGUGCGACAAGACAGCGUCUCAGACCCUAUGUGUCGUGUAUGUCAUAAUGGAAUCGCUGAAAGAUCUGGGCUCUGCUCCAGCUGCGACAACGAUUCUAUGCCCGCCAGUCCAGUUGAGAUCAGCCCCAAUUUCUCUCGACUUCACCAUAAGCCAACAACCAAGAAGUACAACCGUCCGCCUCCCUUGGUUCCUCAGUCUCUGGACAGUAUCGCAAAACUUCAUCGUCCUUCUACCUCUAUCACCUCCAAUCCUGAAGCAAACCAGCUCUCGCCACCGACUUCACCAAGAUCUUCUUGUAGCAGCCCGGCUGAGACAAUCAAGACCUUUGCCAGUGGUCCUUCUGUACCUCCAACGCCCAUGUCAGCGCUGUCAACGCCAGAGGUGUUCAAGCGCUUCCAAGAAGAGGUUGAAACCAGAGCCAAGGCUGAUGACAGCCCUUCGUUCGACGAUCCAUGGAUGAUCAAGCCCAAGAGUCCCGAGGCCGAUGUCUAUGAGGAUGACUGGGCGGAUUAUUACUUUGACGAGCAAAACUUCAAUCCUGAACAGGCACAGCGGGCAAUGAAAGGGCCAGCACCUGAUCUGCACGUCGUUGCAAGCCCUGUCUGCCCAGGUCCAGGAUGGAUAUAA